AUGGCGCUGUUGCGGGAACAUAUUGUUAACAUUAGAAGCGGGGAGCUAACAGUGCUGCUGCUGCGGAACCCACAUUAUGCGAAACUACUGCCGCAUCGCGCAAAGCCAGUGAAAAUGAUACACUUUUACUUCACAGUACUGCUGUUUCUGCUGUCGACGGCACUGUGUGCCGACUGGAGCGCUAGUUGUCCGCUCAACUGCAGUUGCAAAUGGUCCAACGGAAAAAAGUCGGCCAUCUGCAAUGGUGCUGGCUUCACAGCCGUGCCAUCGAACCUCUCGACCGAGAUCCAGGUCCUGGUGCUAAACGACAAUGACAUACCCUAUCUGAAUCGGGAGGAGUUCACCUCGCUGGGGCUGGUUAACCUACAGAAGAUCCACCUGAAGCACUCGCACGUCAAGUAUCUCCACCGGGAGGCAUUCAAGAACCUCAAGAUCCUGGUCGAAGUGGACCUGAGCGAGAAUGAGAUCGAAACGCUGGACAAGCAAACGUUCGCCGGCAAUAAUCGGCUACGCAUCAUCAACCUGUACGAGAACCCCAUCAAAAAGCUGGUAGCAGAGCAGUUCCCGGUGCUGCCCUAUUUGCGCAACAUCGACCUGCACAGCUGCCAGUUGCGUUACGUUGCGGAGACCGCAUUCUCGAACCUCGAUCUGCUCGAAUUUCUCGACCUGUCGAAGAACCGGCUCGAGAGUCUGCCCCACCACGUGUUCAACCAUAUGAAGAACUUAAAAACGCUCAUAUUGGAGGAGAACUGGUGGAAUUGUGACUGUCACCUGCGAGACUUUCGCAACUGGUACCUAAACAGUUCGCUAAACCGGCGCAGUCUCAUCUGCCAGCGCCCGUUCGCCCUGAAAGGUCUGUCAUGGGAAUACCUAGAGACAGACCAGUUUGGUUGCAUGCCGAUGGUGGAGAUAUUCCGUGAUGAGUACGAAAUCGAGGACAUCGGCACGAACAUCACCUAUAAGUGCAUGGUGUCAGGUGAUCCGGAACCGAGCGUCCGGUGGGACGUGAACGGUAAGGACGUAGAUCAGGACAAUGCGAUCAUCGACACGGAACGACACGUCGCGUUUGACGGCAGUAUCACGAUCUGGAGUAACCUAACCAUUCUGAACGUGACGAACAACGACUCCGGCUUCUACACCUGCACGGCGAUGAACCGUAUAGGGCUGGCGAGCAAGAACUUCAGCCUUGUGCUGCCAGAGGUGGUCGAGCGGGUCAUCAUCAAGACACCUGAGACGUUCUGGUACUUUGGGCUGAUACUCGGCAUCUUCGGUACUAUCUUUGGGCUGCUCUCGCUGUCGGUGGUGGUAUGUCUUGUGAAGCGCAAACUACGCAUGCGCCGACGCCGGAAAACGAUCAAGAACAGCGUCAGCUUCAAUGAUCAAGAGAAGAAGCUGCUCGACCUAAGCAUCACGACAAACGAACGACAGGAGUUUAGUGCGAGUGAUGUCGUGACGCCAUCAACCAAGACAGACUCCACAAUCGCCAUGGAACCGGUGCAGAUCACGAUCGAAUCGAUCGCGACGUCGAAGCGUGAGGAGUACCCACUGAACGUCGGCGUGUUUCCACCCCCACCAGAGUUCUGCACCCAGAUGAUCUCAAACCCCACAAUCAGCAACAUCUACAUCUCAGUCUCGGUGACGCAGGAUCCACUCGAAGGUGCCGAGGUGAAUAUGUACCCGGAUCUGCUUAACAUCCCUAACCGCCAUCAGAAGGGCCCGCCAAAGAUCUCGCCCGUCAGUGUGGCGUCGUACGCGACGUUACCUCGCAAAACGUCCGGUGCAGCCGGUCCACGUUGUUCUAUCACCUCCGGCCACAGCUCCGGCUCCAGCUCGAGCAGUGCCGCGGCGCAGGUGCUGACGGGUGGUCCCGUCCCAAGCCAGCUGCUAACAGGUGGCAAAUCGAACCAACCCGGUGCCGCACUACAGCAAACAGGAUCUCCGUUGUCCUGCACACCGAGCCUGCUGGCGACCGAAAUCCCGCUGACGGAAGGCAUUGUCAAUUACGCGACCACCUCCCUGCGAGAUGACUCCGGUUGUGAGAUGUCCGGGUCACCGGUACCACCCGCAUCUCUGCCACUUCCCGGUGCCAGCAGCAUGUGUGCUGAAUGCAGUAAGGUGUUGAAGGCGUCCACGUUCGCUGGUCCCACCGCCAAGUAUGCCGGGGCCUCACGCACGCUCACGGGUGUUGGUGGUGACCUCGCGACCAUGGCCGGCAGUGCCAAAUGUGAGAAGCCACUCGCCUGUCUGAAGUACGACAACAUGGGCCGACGGUACACGGCCGGUGGCAACUCCACGCUGUCGCUACCAGACGAGCUCAAAUCGGCGGGACCAUCCGGGCCGGGGGCAUUUGUAUUCAAGCAGCAGGACAUCGAGACCAUCGUCGAGCAGGAUGACCAUCCUACGAUGUUGGACGACGCGGCCCGGCUUGACGUACAGCUGGACUCGUCGGCUUCAUCAACUGCAGCAGCAGGAGCAGUAGUAGCGGCGGCAACGCUCUCUGAGUCCCACGGCAGUUCACAGGAGGCACCCCAGCGGGGUCUGUUCGUCGUGGGAAAUGAUUUCGUUUCGCUGUAG